AUGGCUGAACUCCGGAGGCUCUUCUCUGCCUGCGACGUGAACAAGUCCGGUGCGAUCGAGUACGAGGACUUCACGGUGGUCUGCCGGGAGCUCGGCGUCCCCGAAGCCGAGACCCAAACUCUGUUCGACAAGUUCGACGCGAGCGAACUCGGAUACAUCGACUUCAACAGGUUCGCGUCCAGGUUUCAGGAGGUUUCCGAGACUCUGAAUCUGGCGUCUUUUGGCUCCGGGGCUUCCCAAAGCUCAGGCAGUCCGUGGGAAGAGUUUGUGAGUCGGAUAGAUGCGGAGUGUCUCCUCUCGGACAGUCUCAGGGAGCAGCUGGCUGAUCUUUACCAGGCCAUUCACUCCUCUGCAAACAUGACUCUGCUGCAGCCGUAUGAAGAAAUCAUCCACGCUCUGAUCAAUCAAAGCCUGGACAACAGAAUGGAGUGUGAACAGCUGGAAACUAGUCUGAGGCGAGCCGAGGAGUUAAACAACAGUCAGCUGGCAGAACUGGAGGACGAUAUACAACAACAACUUGCUCGAACAGAGGAGAGGGUGAGAGAGGAGGAGCGGAAGAAAAUGGAAGGAAUUACGGCUACCAUGCAGAGAAAGCAUGAGAACGAGGUUGCAGACCUGAAUGCCGCAGUGGACAGACUGCUGAAAAGCCAAGAGGAGUCUCAGCUAAACCAGACGAAGGAAGAGGUGAUGGCGCUGAACAGACAAAUCGGCGAUCUCUCACAGGAAAACGAGCAGCUGCGAGGCUCUCUCGUGCAGGCCCAGACAAACAUCGCCAUCCUGCACUCAGAGCUGGACAAACUGAAGAACAUGUACGCAGAUCAGAAAGCCCAACAUGAAAGAGAAACCGAGGACCUGAAGAGGAUGGUGAUGGAAUACCAGUCGUACUCCAGUCAGAUCCAGAUCCUCCAGGAAAUGAAUCAGAAGCUGUACGACAGUAAUGACGGUCUGCGCUCAGCUCUUGCCAGUGAAGUGGUUGCAGGUAAAAGGAGGCUGUCUCCCCAAAAUGAAAUCCCAGCGCGAAGGAUGAAACCCCUCCGAGAGAGCACACUCAACCAUGGCAGCUUGGAGCGGGAUCCCAGCAAAACCAGCUACUCUCACGUGGCCACCUGGGCUGAUAAGUACCUGGACAGCGGAGUCUCCCUGCCGAUGGACACGGCCGAGAUCUCAGGCAGCGAUUAUGACAGCGAUGACAGCAGGAGCUCGGCGGAAACUGUGCACCACAGCUACUCGUAUGUCCCGUCUGAUGUGGAGAUAUCAGAGGUGAAAUCUGAAGCUGCAGUGUCAAUGACUCCUAGUAGGACGAGCUCCAUUGCUUCAUCCCUACGGAGACGUUUGUCAGCCUUCUCCACAAAGCCUUUAGAAGCAGACAUAGAAGAAACGGAGGAACCUGCCCCGAUGUACCGUCUGGUUUUAGCCGGGGACGCCGGAGCUGGAAAGUCGAGCUUCCUGCUGAGGCUGACGCUCAACGAGUUCAGAGGAGAUAUUCAGACAACGCUGGGCGUCGAUUUCCAAAUAAAGAGGAUGCUGGUGGAUGGAGAGAAGACGAGUCUGCAGAUAUGGGACACAGCUGGGCAAGAGAGAUUCCGUAGCAUUGCCAGGUCCUAUUUCCGGAAAGCUCACGGAAUCCUGCUGCUCUAUGAUGUUUCUUCAGAAAGCAGCUUCCUUAACGUCAGAGCGUGGGUCGAUCAGAUUCAGGAUUCAACAGACGAAAAAAUCCCCAUGUGUGUUAUUGGAAACAAGGUGGACCUCCGAGAGCAGCUUCCAGAGGGAAGCUGUGUGAGCAGUUUGCACGGGGAAAAGUUGGCCAAGGCGUACGGCGCCUUGUUCUGCGAAACCAGUGCCAAAGAGGGAACCAACGUCGUGGAGGCCGUGCUUCAUCUAGCAAGAGAAGUAAAGAAAAAUGUCAAACUGAGGCGGCAAUCAGAUUCUCAGGUCAGACUGAGUCAAAACAACCCAAAGAAGACUCUGAACAGCUGCUGUGGACUGUAGACAACUGGUACAUGUAGACGGAGCAAUGAAGGACACCUUGCUGUUUUUAUUUUGUGAUGAAGAACCCAAUUUUUCCUGCAAGAACACUUUGUGGCAUAUUUUAACUUGGAUGUAUUUCACCUGUGAAGUUUAAAUGUUAACUGAUCAACAUGAAGGUUACUGUUAUUGGAAAGCUGCACAUGUACAAAUAUACACAUGUACGUAAUAUAAUCGCGCUUAUAUUUUUCUAAGUUUUUGUAUUUAUUUGGUAGUCAUUUUAUAAACUAAAUAAAUAAGGAACAUUGAUGCAUAAAUUGAGAAGUAUUUUAACAGGUUAAUGCACUUUCAUUUCCUUUGAGGCCAAAUUUCUUUUAAAGCAGUGCUGUCUUUAAAAAAUAAAAACAAAGACAAAGGACGGCACAUGUUUUAUUUUUUAUUAUAAGCAUCAGUGGAAGCAAUAUUGCAUUGCAGUUUAAACCUCUAAAGGGAGCACUGAUCAAAUAGUUCACACAUUUGUGAUGUUUACAGUGUUAUUCAUUUACUAAAGGUACUUUUUAAAUAAAUGAUUUGAUUAGUCUUUACAAAAGUUCCACGUCCACUGAAUGUAGUUUUUUUUUUUUUUGACUAUCUGUGACAUAUUCCAGGGCCCAUUUUUUAUGACAAAAAGAAAUGUAAUCCCUUUUCCAAAUAAAACAGAUUGAACUGGAAA